GCUAAAGCGAAUCCCAGAGCCCGCGCCUUUAAGGGGGAGGUGAGUGGCAGGAAAAGCUAAUGUUGGAAACAAAAUUGCAGAAAGUCAGAGACGGAGAGAAGUCACGAUUAGAACCUGGUUUUAUAGACCAUAUACUAAUAUAAAGCAACAUACAGUUACAUGAACGUUAACCGGGACAGAGUGACGUGCCGGGGAAUAGGGGAAACCUGGGCAUGAUAUUCGAUUUUGAAGUAGUCCGGGUGAAAAGAUUGCUACGGUGAAAUAAGUGAUCAAGCAGUGCUGGUUUCGGAAGUGUGCAGAACAAUGGCCAUUAACCUAUUGAGCCAGGUCUGAAUACAAGGUGGUUGAAGGACGUUCCAAGUUGACAAACAAGCAAAGCAACUGUUUCAUAAAGGCGUUGGACAGUGUAAAAGGAUGUGUGAUUCGAGCCCCGCCUCUCUGUGUCGCCGCGGCAAUGGGGAUGUGACCAUGGUGGGCCUCGGUGUGAAGUUGGAGGAAGAGGAGGCUGAGGUGGGCAGGGCCCCGAGCCGUGACACUCAGCAAACCUCGCCAUGUGAUUGGUCACUGCAGCCCCCCAGCAGGGGAGGGACCCCGCGCAACACACACACACCCUCAGACAGCUCCCCUGGUAGGGGACGGACACACGGACUCAGCCCUGACCCGGUCCAGAUACCCCACGAGAGACUGGAGCUCAACCGGAACAUGAGUGAGGUUAUGCCAACCAUUGAAAAACUGCUGAGCAGCGAAUGGAGAGACAAAAUCCUAGGAAACAACAAGGAGCUCAAAGGUACCCCCGAUAGCCUGGCGGAGAAGGAGCUCCAGCUUCUAGUGAUGAUCAACCAGCUCUCCAGCCUGCGGGACCAGCUCCUGGGAGCCCACUCGGAGCAGAGGAACAUGGCUGCCAUGCUCUUCGAGAAGCAGCAGCAGCAGAUGGAGCUUUCCAGGCAGCAGCAGGAGCAGAUUGCAAAGCAGCAACAGCAGUUAAUUCAGCAGCAGCACAAAAUUAACCUGCUUCAGCAACAAAUCCAGCAGGUCAACAUGCCCUAUGUGAUGAUCCCAGCAUUCCAUCACAACACGCAGGCCCUUACUGUCCCCUCUGACCCCCAGAUGGGACUCCCUAUUCAGCCCAUUCCUUGCAAACCAGUUGACUAUCCCAUGCAUCUGCUUCAAAACCCCCACUCCACCCCUGUAAAGAGGUCAAAUGGACCAGUCCACAUGCAGGAGGGUCCUCAACCCUUGAACCUGACCUCCAAACCCAAAUCUCAGGAGCUGGGAAAGGCCCCCAGUCCUCAGUCAAUGGAUCUGGGGCACCUACCAGCGGACUACAGACCCCCCCUUGAUCUGCAGCACAGCCCCUCUAGAUCCGGCCUCGCUCUGGGGUUCCUGGGCGAGGGGGACGCUGUCACGAAGGCGAUCCAUGAAGCACGCCAGCUACUCCGGAGCCAUGGCACAGACGGGAGAGAGAGAGACAGCGCCGGUAGGAAGGAUGGAUCGAGAGGGGAGGUAUGCCUUCUGAGAGAGAGGGCAGAGGAGUGCCGGCCCCAGCACCGGGCUGCCGACGACAGCAGCGACUCAGAAGCAGGAGGACUGUCGGCAGCCAGAUCCGUGGGGUUCCCCGACUCCAGGGCGCCCUCCGCUGGACACAUCAAGAGGCCGAUGAACGCCUUCAUGGUGUGGGCCAAGGACGAGAGGCGGCGCAUCCUGCAGGCUUUCCCAGACAUGCACAACUCCAGCAUCAGCAAGAUACUCGGAUCGCGCUGGAAGUCCAUGUCGAACCAGGAGAAGCAGCCAUAUUACGAGGAGCAGGCGAGGCUGAGCCGGCAGCACCUGGAGCGUUACCCCGACUACAAGUACAAGCCGCGGCCCAAGCGCACCUGCAUUGUGGAGGGACGUCGGCUGCGCGUCGGAGAGUACAAGGCCAUGAUGAAGAGCCGGAGACAGGAGGGGCGGCCAGGGGGCUACACAGGGAGCCAAUCAGAGCAGCUGCAUUACCCCUCAGCGGAGGCCCCGCCCUACCCUUGUCAGCCGGUCUCCAUGACGACGCUGCCCAUGCAGUCCACCCUGCUGGAGCGCUACCUCCCACGUGUCCUUGAGCCACACGGCCUGCGACCGGCCGGGGGGGAGGAGAGGGAUAGGGGGCCAACCCCUACGGAGAGACACCCCAACAGUGAGGGAGAGGAGAGCGAUACAGGGGAGCGCAGUGAGGGGGAGCUAGUGGUGCUUACAGACUGAGGAGUCAUAGGUCAAAGCUCAGCAGCCAGGUCAAUGACAGCUGAGAACUCUGGGAAAUUAUUUUUUUUUUACCUCUGACUGAUGUCAGUCAGGGUAGUAGGCAUUUUUUGGGGGUACAAUUCUGCAUACAUAAAUAGACAUUGGAAACACCCCUACACAAUACAAAGGUAAAUACAUGGGGCAUUUGUUUCAUUAAGAAUCUGUGGUCAAUGUUGCUGAAUCUAGGAGUGGCAAAGUAAAAGCACUGGUAAAGUAAUUAUAAAGUAGCUACACUUUUAACUGUGCAAAAACAUAACAGUGAAUUUAAUAAAAUAGGAAAGAAAAAAAAGCUAAUAAUUACAUUUUUGCAAACCAAAUUCUUAAAAAAAAAAAAAAAAAAUGUAUAAGGCCAUCAGAGACUUAAGCCUUGUGCAGUUGCAGUGCCUGUGACCCCUGACCCCUGACCUGUACCACAUCUUGAGUGAAGACAAUUGUUUAACUGCAGGGGGCAAAAAUAUGGCAACUUGGAAUAUUAUCUGCCACUGAGGUAAAAUAAUAUCCUCGGUAUGUUUCUUUUUUAUGAUUAUUGCCUGGUCUUGCCGACCCUGAUUUAGCACUUUGGUCAAUGAAACCAGCCGCUUACCAAGAUAAAAAAAAACUGUAGCGUGGCGCUGAAAAAAAACAAGGAUCUUCCUGAGAACUGUUUUGUUAUCAUUUAAGUUUUAUAUUUGUUAUUUAAAAACUAAUUAUUCUGCCUCCUCACUCAUUCUAUUUAUUUUUUCUUUUUAAUCAUUUGACAAGGUGUCCUUCUGCUGAAGGAUUAGCACUUGGGUAUUUUAAAUGUAAUAUUUUUAAUUGCAAAAAAAAAAUCUGAUGGAGAAAAUCCUGAGUGGUUUUGCUCUGUCCUGUAGUUACGCUGCUGGGGUGAGAGGAGAGGUUCUACAGAGCAGCUAACCACACUGGGACUAGAAACCAGCGAGUUGUGUCCAGUAGCAACACUGUUUCUAUACUACUGAAGGACAGAUGUCGAAGCUCUAGUGUUCUUUUUUCUAUGAACGUGUUACAGCACAUGUUCUGGUCAGAUCUGGAUACCAUGCUGCAACCCCUGUGCACUGCAGGAACAAGGUGGGAGUGUAAUGUUAGGCUGUGUUCACACUGGGUCCAUUUCGAGGUCACAGUGUGAAUGCAGCCUUAAAUCAAUGAAGAUCUGUUAGGUAAGCAGUGGCUUUCAGGCUGUUUUAAAGUCGACUCCCACCUUUCAGUUUAAGCCUUAAUCUUAAUAAACAUGUUUUAGUGGUAAUGACAUGGGGAGCUCUCUCCGCUGGUUUUCAUAGCCUUGUUGUGUAUCGUUUUAGUUUGGAAAAUAAUUACCAUGAGUACAUUUCAUUUAAAUUAAAAAACAGCAGAUAAAAAUUUGAAGUUAAAUUUAAGAUUUUUUAAAGAGAGUACAUUUACUCAAGACUAUAAAAUGAGGGAUGUGUAGAAGGUUCUGGAAGCCAACAUCUCCAACAGGGCUUUCUGUUCUAGCAUGUAAAAUGCCCCGUUUCACUGAUUUAAAUGUCUUAUUUAGAUGAAUAGAUUAUUAAAAUGUGGACUAUGCUGGAAAUCUUUGUAAAGAGAAAAAAAAUAUAAAUAACUUUUGGGGACGACCUUUUUUUUUUUUUUUUUUUUAAAAAAACAGAACACAUUAAAUUCCGAGUGGCUGAGCUGUUAAACCGUUCUUGUAAAUAUAGAUGUAGAAUUUGAUUAUAAGAUCUGGUGUAAUUUAAGCUGUAUAUUCUAUGUACUUUAUUUACACACGUUUUAUGCGUUUGUUUGUUUGUUUGGUUGGUUGUUUGAUGCAAUAAAGAGAUCCUACUCUCGUGCUGCAA